AAAUUCUAUGUGUCAUCUGUGUGUCUGUGUGGACCAUGUUAUUUCUGUUGGAUUCAUCCUAGCGACAAGUUGUUGGUGUUUAUUUGGCUGUUUAAUAUAAUAAUCUGAGCUCCAUAGUGCGUGAUUCUGAACUGUUCGGUUGAGGUGACGUACCGACAUCUUCAGCAUGGGCAGCAGCUUCAGCGUCUCUCCCAAGAGGGAGAAAAAGUUCGUUAAAGGAAGGAAGAAGUCCAAGGUGGACGACUGUCAGGUGGAAAAGAACAUACAGAAGGUGGCGGAGGAGGGGGAAAUCGGCACGGUCGAAGAACAUCGCGAGCUCGAUCAGACCGGCACCAGAAAAGGAGACGUUGUCGUCAAGGGCACGACAGAGCGUCUGACCACGCACCUGGUGGAGGAGCACUCAGUGGUGGACCCCACCUAUAUUGAGGACUUCCUGCUCACCUAUCGCACCUUCCUGUCCAGCCCCAUGGUGGUGGGAAGGAAACUGCUGGAGUGGUUCCCUGACUCCAACCUCAGGGAGAAGGUUGCACUGGUAUUCUUGCUGUGGGUGAACAAUCACUUUAAUGACUUUGAAGAUGACCCUGAGAUGAUGCACUUUCUCGAAGAGUUUGAGAACAAUCUGAAGAGGGAGAAAAUGUUUGGGCACUUAAAGCUGUUGAACAUAGCUUGUGCUGCCAAAGCCAAGCUGCGGGUGGUGAAUCUGACUAAGCCGUCACGCAAGGCUCCUCCGCCCUUCAGCCUGCUCGGUGACUCAGAGAAAGGCUUCCGCAUCUUCAUUGAGAAUGUGGAGCCGGGCAGCAAAGCUGCAGAAGCAGGCCUCAAACGUGGAGAUCAGAUCCUGGAGGUAAAUGGGCAGAACUUUGAGAGUGUACCACUGUCCAAAGCAAAUGAGAUCCUGCACAGCAAUACACAUCUGUCUAUUACUGUGAAAACAAGUCUCUUCGCGUUUAAGGAACUUCUGUCUCAACUUGAGCACGACCGAGAACCUGACCACGAGGAAAAGCUGGACAGGAAGAAUGGGGCUCCCCACAUUCCCAAGAUCAGGGACAUUAAGAAAGCGAGCCGUUACUCCAUCCCAGACCUGGCUGAGCAAGUGAUGGGUCUCGAGAAAGCAAGCGAGAAAGCCAAGACCAACACAGUGGGCGGAAGGAACAAGCCCAAGAUCUUUGACGAGACUCCCCCUACUGGUGUAGUCCAGUCCCAGGAUGACAGCACUGCCAGAGUGAAGCAGUCGAAACAGGACGCUCGAGAGCUUUUGAGCGAGAGUCAGAUCAGCCUGCUGCAAUUAUGCGCGGUGGAAGUGGCCACGCAGCUCUCCGUGCGUGCCUUCGAGCUCUUCCGUGCCAUCGAGCCAACCGAGUACAUCGAUGACCUCUUCAGGUUGCGGUCAUGCUUGCCCCGACCUUCUGGCCUCAAGCUCUUCUAUGAGUCCAUAAACCGAGAGACCUUCUGGGUGGCCACUGAGGUGCUGAGGGAACCCAACCAGUUGAAGCGCAUGAAGAUCAUCAAGCAUUUCAUCAAGAUCGCCCUGUACUGCCACGAGUGCAAGAACUUCAACUCCAUGUUCGCUAUCAUCAGUGGUCUAAAUCUGGCGCCCGUGUCCAGAAUGCGAGGAACUUGGAAGAAACUUCCCAGCAAGUACGAGAAGCUCUUCAAUGACCUGCAGGACCUGUUUGACCCGUCCAGAAACAUGGCCAAGUACCGAAACGUUCUUAACAGCCAGAACAUGCAGCUGCCAAUCAUCCCUCUUUUCCCAAUUUUCAUAAAAGACCUCACCUUCCUCCAUGACGGCAACGAUUCUAUGGUGGAUGGCCUGGUGAACCUUGAGAAGCUACGUAUGAUCGCUAAAGAGAUCAGACACGUGGGUCGGAUGGCAGCCGUCAACGUGGACGUGGAGCUGACGUUCCGCACCAGGUGUCUGAGCCAGGGCAGUGCCAAUGCAGAUAUCCUGGACGUGAUUCAGCCGCGUAGGCAUAACAAGCUGUACGAGGACACACAAAUGGCACGCAAGGUCAAGCAGUACCUGUCUAACCUCACAGUGGAGACCAACGAGAAGAGUCUGCUGACGCUGUCUAUACAGUGUGAACCACCUAUAACUAGGAAAACCAUGACAUAUAUUUAAAACCAUGACAACUUGACCACUACACUGUGUGUUAAUGCACUAUACAGCUGUAACCUGUACAUCUGCGUUAGCUUGUUAGGUUGCUCUACCUAACCUCAUGGUGUUUAUUUAUGAAUGGCAAAGUUAUACCACUGCUAUUUUUUUUUCAUUUAUUUUUCUUUCUAUUUAUAUAUAUAUAUAUAUAUAUAUAUAUAUAUAUAUAUAUAUAUAUAUAUAUAUAUAUAUAUAUAUAUAUAUAUAUAUAUUUUUAUAAAG